CAUCCCGAACGCGCGUUCCUGAACACGUAAAACGCUCAGCGAUAUCUUCUGUCGAAUCAAAAAAAUUAACAUAUUUAAUUUUGAGACGAAAUUGUGAAGUUUGGAGGCUGCUCAAAUCAUACCGAACUUCUACGGAAAUCUACUUCUGGAGUUUAUUAACGAUUCCGUUAUGUUGUAGUCCAUAAUGAAGGCCACACUCCUUUACCCUUAUGAUAACCUAACGCAUCGGGGAUGUUGCCGCUUAUUAAAUCCAAGACAGGCUGCUGUUACUGCUGCUGUAUAUACUUUAAAUGUAUCCAUUUUUGUCGUCCUGUUGUAUAGUUGGAGAAUAAAUGUCAACGUAAAUAAGUUCACAUCACUAGAAGAUGUAUAUUAUGGUGUACAAAUAGCAUAUUUUGCUAUUAUAGGAACACAAUUAUUCAUGGUAGUGCUUAGUGUAGUUCUCCUAAUUGGAAUAUACAAGGAAAACGUUUCCUUUGUGAUACCCUGGGUCGUUGGAUUUAUAACGUUUAUGGCCCUGGAGGCUGUGUCUAUGGUUUACUCUAAUGUCCUACGAGACCAUGUAAAUAAAGAAUUCGAUGCCCUGUGUAAAGCUGAAGCGGCAUUUUUUAUAGCGAGAACUUUUUUAAAUAUUUUCGCCAUCAGCGGCGUAAUGAAAUUCUGCAACAUGAUCAGGGCCGGAAUCACGUGGAGGGGUCCGGAGGUGAUAGAGCUAUGAUCCAGGAAUUCCAGGGGUUUUUUGGACGUGGAAGAAGACGACGAUUUGAAUUACAACAGCGAUGACAGCGAUUGUUCACUGUUGGUGAGGGUUUCUUCUGGUAGUUCCGUUAGUAAUUCGGAUUACGUUUGACAAACGCGUUGCUCAAGAGGUUGAAUUUGUUUUGUAACAAAAAAAUGGAGGGUAUUUUUUUGUGAGUUGUCACUUAGUUUGUUGUGAAAUAAUGGAAUGAUUUAAACGAACCAUUAAAGGAGAACAUAUUCGCUUUAAUGUUGGAUAAUUGCCAGGAAAAAUUAAUUUAAUUUUAAAUUUGCAGAAAACUUCAAAUGUUCCCGAGUACACGAAAACUUAAUAAAAUUUCAAUUGUGCAUUUCACUAAUUGGCUACUUAAAUUAUACAUUAAUUUUACUCCUGGAAGUACGA